AUGCGUCCUGUCCCUGCAGCUCAAUCUCUCGGUACCGUCCUGGUCGACUUCUCAGGCCCCGACGACCAAGACCUCGCGCUGAACUGGUCUCUCCCGUGGAAAAUCUGGGUGACGUCCGCAGUAGCUGUUCUGAACCUGAUUGGGACAAUAGCCAGCAGCAUCUUCGAGACCGGACAUGACGAGUUCCGGCGGGAAUUCGGUCUUAGCCAUCAGGUUGCUGUGUUGGGGACGACCUUGUUUCUUGCAGGUUAUGUCUUUGGCUUCCUCAUCUUCGGCCCACUUUCCGAACGCUUCGGCCGGAAAUGGCCCAUGCUACUCGGUCUCGCUGUCUCGUCGCUCUUCGACCUCAUGCCGGCGCUGGGGAGGAGCGCCGCAACCGUGCUGAUCGGGCGGUUCUUCGGCGGCCUGUUUGGCGUCGCGCCGGUUGCUGUCUUUGGGGGCGUUGUGAGUGAUAUCUGGCCUGUUUCUCAGCGGGGGAAUGCCAUGGCCCUGGCGGUGUCGCUUGUGUUCUCGGGUCCGACGUUCGGGCCCGUGUUUGGGGGGCUUAUUAUGGGCUCGGACUCGAGGGUGCUGGAUUGGAGAUGGACGAUGUGGGUGGUUGUGAUUGUGGGAUUGGGGACUUCGAUAAUCUGUGCUGCUGUCUAUCCCGAGACGUAUGCGCCUGUGAUUCUGGGGAUGAGGGCUAGGGCGUUGCGCAGGAAGACGGGGGAUCAAAGGAUAAAGUCCGCGUUGGAUAACGAGGGCCUGGGUCUGGGGGAGAUUGCCAGGCUUUAUCUUGUUCGGCCAUUCUGGCUCAUCACCACGCAACCCAUUCUGGCCCUCCUCACCCUCUACCAGUCCUUCGUCUACGGCGUGCUCUUCCUCUUCUACCAAACAUACCCCGUAGCCUUCGGCACCGACCGUGACUGGCCAACGAGUCUAAAAUACCUGCCCCUCCUCGCCAUCAUCGUCGGCGUCUUCGCGGGCUCCCUGGGGAUCAUACUCACCAACCAGCUCUACACCCGCCACCACAACCACACCCCCUCUGGCAUCUACAUCCCCGAAAGCCGGCUCCCGCCUAUGAUCGUCGGCGGGGUGCUCGUCCCCAUCGGCAUGUUCUGGUUUGCGUGGACUUCUUCGUCAACAUCUAUAUCCCCCGCAAGCCCGGUCUGCGCGAGCUUCGUCACCGGUGCCGGGAUGUACCUCCUCUUCAUCCAGGGGUUCAACUACAUUGUCGACUGCUACACGGGCAUGGCAAAUAGUGCGAUGGGGGUGAAUGGGGCGCUGCGGAGUGUGUUUGGGGCGGUGUUUCCGCUGUUUGCGAGGCAGAUGGUGCGGGCUCUGGGGGUGGCGAGGACGACGAGUAUCCUGGGUGCGGUCUGUGUGAUCUUGGUGCCGGUGCCGAUUUGCUUCUGGUAUUGGGGGGAGAGGAUUCGGGGGUGGUCUGUGGUCAAAUCGCUUUGAUAUCUGGCGUGGAUGCU